GUACUAUUGCCACAAUUGCUGAGAUCAUUGCACAAAUCCCAGGAAAACCCGAAAAACGUUUUGCAUGCGAUAAGUUUCUUGAACGUUCCGAAAGUUUGCUCUCGCGCACCGAAUCCACGACCACGAUGAGCAGCGUAAGCAGUGAUAUUGAUGGACCUCCGGAGACAAAACGAUUCAGAAUUGAUGUAGAUACACAGGUUGGAAUCGAUACCCCAUCGGUGUCAACAAACUGUGCACCUCCAGUUGCUGGUGAAGCUUCACAAGAUGGACAAUCUCCAGCUGCACCGUCUUCUGCAAGUUACCGAUCAUCAAAUAGCAGUGUCAUUUCAUCAUCUGAAUCACCAAUUAAAGAUGAGGACGUUGAUGUACAUGAUGGUCAAGAUGAUACAGAAGAUAUUGCGAUGGAUGUUAGUGGUUCAACUGGAUCAAUUGUCAAUAACAGUGAAAUAUUUGAAAUGCUUAACAAAACAUUUGGCGGGGUAUUUAAUUGUGAUUUGGAAGGAAUUAUGAGACCUUCUGCACUAAUGCAUCCAUCAUCUCCACCUACUCCGAUUCAAUCAGCUGGUAUUCCUGGAGCUCUUGCAGUUGCUCAAAGUCCGGCUGCUCAACUUUUCUCUGGAGAUGACUGGAGCUGGCACCGAAAUCCGGCUGCCUCAAUUCGAAGUGGUGGAACCAAUAAACAAACUCCCGUUUGGAAGUAUUUCGUUUAUAAUAAGACUGAAAAUUUGAGCAGAUGCAUUGUUGGAGACUGUACCUAUAUGUUGAAAGGACCACAUACCUCUACACUGGCAUGCCAUUUGAAGAAGCAUACACGGGAAUACUCCGAGUUUCAGAAGCUUAAAACAGAAUAUUCUCGAACUAAAUUGGAUCAGCAACCCAAAAUCCCAGAUGGAGCACCUCAUCCAUUAACCCUUCAGACACAGAAUACUCCUCGGCAAACUGGUUCACCUGCUUCAACGUGUAACACAAAUAGCAACACUUCGUCAUCAGUUUCUUCUGGAAGUGGAAUUGGUUCUGGAUCAGGGUCUACAAUGGAUCUGAGCAUGAAGAAGCCUAAGAAAGAGCCGAGCUCUGCUAAGCUCAAUGAAAUGCUAUUCAAUGGGCUCCGUCAGGCAACAAAUAAUUCAAACGGAUCUCCUCCAACAACUCCACAUGCUCCACAACUUCCAAAUAUUCCAAGUUUCGUUACCAAUAUGAUGCUUCAAAUGAAUCCAUUACACAUGAUGUUGGCUCAAUCUUUGCCUGGAGCAACUCCACCAACUCCAACAAGUUCAAAUGCCGGAUUGAAUGCUCUUCAACAAGCUGGUCUCACAUUGGCAGCAAAUGGGCAGAUAAUUCAAUCGAAGAAAUGGAGAAAUGAUGAUAAGAAACAAAAAGAGUUGUGUACUAAAUUUGCGUUAGCCCUAGCCACGUCACACGUUGACUUUGAAGUUGUACAGAAUCCAUUGUGGAAAGAAGUUUUUGAAAUGGCUCAGCCGAAAUUUUCAAUUCCAACUGAAUCUCAAUACGAACACAUUGUGAACUCGACAAGUCAUAAACUGAUUCAAAGUUUGAAAAGUCAACUAUCUGCAAGCAAGAAACUCAACCUUCUUCUGGAUAUCACAAAAAUCACUGCAGACAUCUCUAGAGUCACCGUAUCUGUAGCAUUGACAGGCGGAGCUGGAAAUAGUUAUGAGACUCAAGUGAUUCUUCUCGCCUUCCGAAACAUCAACGGAAACCAAUCAGAAGAUCUCACAGCCGUAUUUGAAAAAGUCCUUCAGGACUACAAUAUUUCUCCAAGUUCAAUCAAUCGUGUGAUUUGCUCUGGUCUGAACGAGCUCGCUGAGCCCGCCGAGCUUCCAAAACAAAUGGAUUCUUUCUCAUCUCGUCUUGCUAAUUGUUUUAAAUCUUGGCUUGAAACAUCUCCAACAGUUGAAGUUUUGAAGAAAAAUGUAUACGCGAUGCUUGUGUCCUACCUGACAGUUCCAGCAGCUAUUCAACUUGCAAGUCAAAUGCUAAAGGCAAAGUUUGAGGUGCCACUCACUGAACCAUUCCAUGUGAUUGUUGAGCAUUUGGUAGCUCAUCGGGAUAUUUAUCAAAUGAAUAUGGAAGGAAUCACUUUGAUUUCUGAACGUGAAUGGAAUAAAGUGACUGGAAUCCAUCAUCUUAUGAAUAUCUUCAAACCAUUUAUGACAUAUUCAACAGAUAUGACAACCGUUGAUACUGUUAUUCCAACAAUUGUACAAAUUCAAAAUGUUUUGGAAAAGGAUAUCUAUCACUUGGGAGACAUCGGAUCUGAUCUUCUAACUUCUUUGAAACAAACUGUCGCACCAAUCAUGAAUCCUGAACACGAGAACUUUGAUUCCACGUACAUCCAAGCCACUGCUCUGAAUCCUCAAUUGGCUGUUACACUAACUUCUGAUCAAAUGACAACUGCGAAAUCUCUCAUUGAAACUGAAAUUUCGAGGCGAACCAAGAAGAUGAGAAAAGCUCAAAGUGAUAAGAAAUUGGCAAUGGGUGUGGAUUCACUAUUGGCAAAUGUUAUGAGGAAAAAUGAUGGAGGAUCUGAUGGAGGAUGUGAGACAGCAUUGGCAAUUUAUGGAGAUUUAUUUCAGUCGAUAACUGGAAACAGUUCUGAAUCAAAGGAAAAUAUUGUGAAUCAGUAUUUUGAUGAGAUUUCUAGCACCACUUCUGUGGAAAGCAUGUUCAUGCUUCGAACAUUCGGCAAUCCAAUGCAAGCUCCACUCUCUUAUUGGAAAUCUUGCUCAUCACGAUGCUCGGAGCUCUCGGAUCUUGCCACUGAACUUUUAUCCAUUCCAAUCUUCACUCUUACCGCUGAACGCGUUUUAAGCUUUUCACCGGAUUCGAGCUCUUUAAACACAAAUUUGAUUCUUACAAAUUUAGACUCUACCGAUCAGUUUGAGAAGCAAGUUUUACUCCGUUUCAAUCGUCAGAUUGUUUCGAAACUUUUUAAUUAGAUAUUCAGUUUUUACAUACUUUUCUGUCAGAUAAUACAGUAUUUUCUCCUACUACGAGUCGUUUUAUUCAUUUUUAGCAGCUUCUUCCAACCCAACUCUCCUAGUCUCUUCUUUUCCCAGAACUUUCUAUUUCUCAAUGCCAUUCAUGCUCGUUGUUUCAAAACAUUCACAAAUUCCUGAAAUUAAUUGCUUUAAGACAAAUUUGAAUAUUUCUUGCCCGCAUACUCGGCAAUCUCGCUCUAUUGAUGAGGUUUCGUAGAGCGUGUAUACGUAUGCAUAAUAAUUCGAAAUCUACAUUAUUUAAGACGCAUUUCUAAAUAUAAUUUAUUAUUGUAUUUAUUGAUUUCCAUCCAAAAAAAUUAAACGGUGAAUAUUUUCUCUCUGUCCCAUCUCUCGUUCCUUCAAAUAAGAAACUCUUGAGCAAAACCAAUGUGCAAUUUUUAAACUUUUAAACUUCUUUCAUUAUUUUCUCCAUUCCAUGUCCGCUUUUCCUUGCACCAAGCAUGUGAUAUUCCUUUUUUAUUCUCGGCCCCCCAAAUUCUCUACAUUGUAUUUUAUUAUUGUUCUCCCCCAUUUUUUCUCGAUAUUUGCGUUUUCGGUGGCUUCUCACAUUCUCCAAAAAAGUUUCAAUAAAAUAUU